AUGCUUGAAGACGAAUUACCCGACAAACUUCGUUCUGAUCAUGAAGAAUACGCAGACGAGGUUAUUCUAACUACACUAUCUGAACCUGUCACAUAUGACGAUGAUAAAGGCAUCAAGGGGUUGUUGAAUUCCCCGUAUGUUUUUGGUGCAGCUUUGCUCGCCUCAUUCGGUGGCUUCUCCUUUGGAUAUGACCAAGGCGUCAUCUCCCUCAUUCUGGUCAUGCCCCAAUUCCGCACCCAAUACCCCGAAACCUCUCCCGACAAUCCCAGCUAUGGCUUCCACACAGGCUUCAUGACCGGCAUGCUCGAACUCGGCGCCUUCAUCGGCUGUCUCUUCUUGCCAUAUCUCGCAGACCGCAUGUCCCGGAAAUGGAGUCUGAGUGUAGCCACUGUCUUCUUCGUCGUGGGCGCAGUCAUUCAAACUGCGGCGCCAAAUUAUGAUGCACUCGUUGCGGGUCGGUUUAUCGGGGGUAUUGGCGUGGGGACGUUGGCGAUGGGCGCGCCGUUGUAUAUUUCUGAGAUUGCACCCCCGACGAGACGAGGAUCGUUGUUGGUGCUCGAGUCGAUUAGUAUUGUUAUUGGGGCGAUUGUGGCGUAUUGGAUUACGUAUGGGACGAGAUCCAUAUCCGGAGACUGGGCAUUCAGACUCCCAUUCCUACUCCAGAUAUUCCCCGCUCUGAUGGUAGGCUGCGGUAUCCAUUUCUUCCCCUUCUCGCCCCGAUGGCUGGCGAUGCGAGGACGGAAUGAAGAAAGUUUGUCUGCACUCGCAGAGCUGAGAAAGCGUCCUGAAGACGACAAUCACGUCCAGCUCGAAUGGAAGGGAAUUCUAUCCGAGGUCCGAUUUCAGAAGGAGUUGGUUGACCGUGAAUAUCCAAAUUCGCACCCGUUCAUGGUGGAACUCAAGCAGUGGGGGUCGCUGUUUCAGCCAAAGUAUUUUCGGAGGACGUUGAUUGCGUUGGCUAUUCCGUUUUUUCAACAGUUCUCCGGAAUCAACGCAUUCGUAUACUAUGCCCCCACCUUCUUCGGAGCCCUGGGCCAAAGCGACGAAACAUCACUUAUUCUGUCCGGAAUGGUGAAUAUCUGCCAACUCGUUGCGGGAAUACCCAUCGUCUUUUAUCUGGAUCGCGUGGGAAGACGUCCGCUAGCGAUAAUCGGUGGAGUGGCUAUGGCAGUUCCUCAUCUCAUCAUGGCUGGGCUUAUGGGAAAGUUCAGCGACAGCUGGCCGUCACAUCAGGGUGUGGGGUGGUUUUGCGUGGCGCUUAUCUACAUAUACGUCCUCGCGUACGCUGCCUCGUAUGGCCCUCUCCCGUGGGUGUUGCCGUCCGAAGUCUUCCCGAGUUCCAAGCGGGCAAAAGGAGUCGGUGCCGCCACGGCCGUGAUCUGGAUAUCGAAUUUCAUCAUUGGGUUUGUCGUUCCCGAAAUGAUCAUCUCUAUUGGAUGGGGCACGUUUCUCUUCUUCGGACUGUUUUGUGUUGCUGCGGCUGUAUUCUCGUUUAUCUUCGUUCCCGAGACGUCGGGCAAGUCGUUGGAACAGAUAGCGGACGUUUUUGGGGAUAAACUGGGUGAUGGAGAGAAAGAGUUGCGGAAUCGGGUUGCCAGAGAGGUUUGGGCUGAUCCAUGGGGGAGUGCGAUGGGCGUUUGAUUGCUGUGUGUAUGAAGGGAGAUGUAGAUGAAAUGAAGAUGCAAGUAGUAAAUGUGAAAUACAUGCAUUAUAGUACACUAAUUCUUCUAUGCAAUCAUUAUUCAUAAGGAAACGUCAUAUCAUAAACAAACAAAUGAAAAAAUCACCACAUUCGGCGAGUCGGGAUAAAAUUCUGCGAAUCCUUCUCCUGCUGGCUGAAUGAUUCGGGGAAUGCUGCGAUUCCACCGAUGAUGCCGAUCGCCAUAAAGGCGAGCGAGAUGAAGGACCAGAUGACGCCCCAGCACUGAGAGGAUCCGCCGUACUUCUGGGCGAAGACGCUGGCGUCGGAUGUGUUGACUUUGCGGAGAAUGAGAUCGUCGCACUGUGACUGUUAGUUUGGAUAUAAAAAACUGUUGGGCGGAUGGCUUACAAUAUCCCAAACACUGUAGAGAGCGGACAUGACACCAAUAAAGAGCACCACCCAUCGCAACGCCUCUCCAUGGGCAAUAA